UGCCCGGGGGCAGGGGCCUCAGGAUGGAAACCAUCCGUCCGCACCGCCAGAGAAGGUCGGCUGGGUCCGGAAAUUCUGCGGGAAAGGGAUUUUCAGGGAGAUUUGGAAAAACCGCUAUGUGGUGCUGAAGGGGGACCAGCUGUACAUCUCCGAGAAGGAGUCACUUCCCAGCCUGAAGCCCGGAACCCGGGGAAGGGGAGAGUCCUGGAGGAACCACGCUGUGCCAAAGCGACAGGUAAAAGAUGAGAAAAACAUCCAAGAGGUGUUUGACCUGAGCGACUACGAGAAGUGCGAAGAGCUGCGGAAAUCCAAGAGCAGGAGCAAGAAGAAUCACAGCAAGUUCACGCUCGCCCACUCCAAACAGCCAGGCAACACGGCUCCCAGCCUCAUCUUCCUGGCAGUUAGUCCAGAAGAGAAGGAAUCAUGGAUCAAUGCCCUCAACUCGGCUAUCACCCGGGCCAAGAACCGCAUCUUGGAUGAGGUCACCGUCGAGGAAGACAGCUACCUGGCCCACCCCACUCGGGACAGGGCGAAAAUCCAGCACUCCCGUCGCCCCCCGACGCGAGGACACCUAAUGGCCGUGGCCUCCACCUCUACCUCCGACGGGAUGCUGACCUUGGACCUGAUCCAGGAGGAAGACCCUUCCCCUGAGGAGCCGACCUCCUGCGCCGAGAGCUUCCGGGUGGACCUGGGCAAGUCCGUGGCGCAGCUGGCAGGCCGCCGGCGCAGGGCAGACUCCGACGGGACCCAGCCGUCCUCAGAGCGAGCGAGCAGCCUGCCCCGGGCUCGGGAGAAGCCAGACCGAGGGGCCACCUACACCCCCCAGGCCCCCAAGAAGCUGAUGGCCGCAGAGAAGGGCCGCUGCGCCUCUUUGGAGGAGAUCCUGUCCCAGCGGGACGCCAGCCCAGCCUGUGCCCCCCAGCUGCAGCCUGAGGACCCCUCGGCCCUUGGGCCACCCCACCCGGGCCAGCUGUCCCGGAUCCAGGACCUGGUCGCCAGGAAACUGGAGAAGACUCAGGAGCUGCUGGCCGAGGUUCAGGGACUAGGAGACGGGAAGCGCAAAGCCAGGGACCCGCCUCGGUCGCCUCCCGAUUCGGAGUCAGAGCAGUUGCUGCUGGAGACCGAGCGGCUGCUGGGAGAGGCCUCGUCGAAUUGGAGCCAGGCCAAGAGGGUGCUGCAGGAAGUCAGGGAGCUGAGGGACCUGUACAGACAGAUGGACCUGCAGAGCCCCGACCCCCACCUCAGGCCUGCCGCUCAGCACAGUCAGUACCGGAAGAGCCUGAUGUAAAGGCAGGGUACGGCGGCAGCUGGAACUAGGGGGGGCGCACGGACUCUGAUCCCCAAGUAUUGGAGGAUAAAACUUUUUUAUUUACCUCAGUCCAAAAAAGAAAACAAAAACCACAAACUCCAUUGCUCGUGCUGAUGCCCAGCGCCCUUUGCACCCUCCUUUCCUCCCUGGUCCCUGUCUGACGCCUGCAUUGCCUCAGGUGUGAGGAGGUAACCCCUACAGUGGGGUUAGGAAGCUUUCAGGUAGAGGAGCGAGAAAGGGGGACGACGAAGGCAGAGUCUGACCGGCCCCACAUACCACCCCUCUGAGGCGUGGGGGGAAGGUUCUCUCGAGGACAUGUGAAAGCUUGAGUUUGUGGGCAGGGUGGUUCUCUUAGGUCCCAUUCCAGGAUUUCAGUUGGAGGGUGAGCUUUCAGCACCCCAGCCCCAGCCCUAGGGACGGGAAAGCCUUUGCCACCUGUCGGGGCACACAGAGGUGACGCCUGCCCCAGCCAGACACCAGCUUCCUGCCUCGUGGCCUCUGACAGACUGAGCCGCCUGGAAUGCCCUUCCCUGCCAUUUCUCUUUUAAUCUUCCACACCCUUCCCAGUACUGAUUCAGAUCCAGUGCUGGACAGAUGGGAUUGAUUUGGUCCUUGGUGAGGGGGGUGCCCAGUGCAGGGAAACUGAGGACCCCCAACCCCACAGAAGAGCCCCACUGAGAACGAAACUGAUUUGCAGUGCACGUGGGGCGGAACUGAGGGGAAAACCAAAUGUGUGUGUGUCCAUGUUCCUCUUUUUGACCAAGCGAGGGCUUGCUGUAGCCUCCCCCUCUCCUUCCUCCAACCUCUUCCAACGCUCAUCGAGCCCCAACUCUGGCAAAACAUCCUGAUGCUCACACCACCA